AUGGGUCGUAAUGAGAAGAAGAAGAAGAAGAAGAAGAAGAAGAAGAACAAGAAGAACAAGAAGAACAAGAAGAAGAAGAACCAGAAGAACAAGAAGAACCAGAAGAACAAGAAGAACCAGAAGAACACGAGAAGAAGUGCUUUAAUAUCAAGCAGCGUUCCUUGCAGCAAAUCCUACUGGCGAAUUGGCAUUCUUGGCCGUUAUCCAAUCUGGGGUGAAGACCAGCGUCAUGUUCUGACUCCAGAGUGUAAUGUGGCGAUUUGGAUCAAGUGCUCGUACACAAAACGCUAUCAGAUAGUUGAAUCUAGUUGGAGAGAUUUUAGUCUUCCGGCAGAUAUUCUACCUUCCACAUGGGGUUUCAUGCCUGGUCUGCGAGGUGAUAUGGUCACAGUGAUGAGGAGGUUCCAGCCGGACGCUUGCAAGAUCAACAUAAAGCCUAGAAUGUUCUCUGAGGGCUCGUCACCGAGAGACGGCGCGGGUUCCCUCGUCCGCCUGAAGAAGGACGAGUUUGAUCUGAAGCGUCUGAAGAAGGACGAGUUUGAUCUGAAGCGUCUGAAGAAGGACGAGUUUGAUCUGAAGCGUCUGAAGAAGGCUGAAGGAAAGGAAGAAUGUAGUGCACUGCUCGAGGUGAACAGCAAGGAGCACAGUCGCUCGCAUGCUCAGGGAGAGGAGACGCCUCUGAGCAAGAGGGAGCGCGUGACCUUGAAACUCAUCCGACGGGACCUGACCAGGCUGGGGCUGAUGUUCACGAGGGCAAAGAAGGUGGAGGAGAAGGUUGAGGCGAAGGUGGGCAAGCAGAACACGGAGGGUCUGGUCGAGGAGAUCAACAACUACAUCUGGGAGCAGGCGGUCGAUCUUCUGGACAAGCCCAUUGCACACUCGGCAGUGAAGCUUUUCCAUCAGAGUCUUACAAUGCUGGAGAAGCUUCAGGCCCCCAUGUACAGCCUGGCGAACAGGAUUUCACAUUUGAAGCAGUUCUCCUACUUGAUGAAUCAACCGAAACUUGUGACCAUCGGGAUCGACAAGCUCCACCACUUCUUGCUGGAUGGAUCGCUCUUGAACGUCUUGACGCACCUCUUCCAUAGAUAG